AUGGCCGAAGCUCAAUUCAUCUACGAGCCCCUAGCCAAUGCGUCGAAACAACUACGUCUCCUGCAAUUCACCCCGGCUCAUCCUGGCGACGAAGUGGGCGUUGAGAUGUCAACUUGGUCCCUGUCGAACGCUCCUCCUUACAUGGCCGUCUCCUAUACCUGGGGUGACCCGGAGCCGAAGCCGAUCAUGAUCAGCGGGCAAUCGGUCGACGUAAGGUGGAAUUGUUUCUACGCCUUAUACCAAGCUAGAUUCCAUUACCCAGAUGGUUAUGUUUGGAUCGACUCCAUCUGCAUCAAUCAAGACGACCCGGAUGAGAAAGCUAUCCAAGUCUCGAACAUGUUCGACAUCUACUCGAACGCCUCCAUGGUCCUGGCCUCACUUGGCGAGCACGGCGACGACAGCAAGGCACUCCUCGACGGCCGGUCUAUUGAGCACAGUCCGAAGUCUGGCGACCACCAGCUGCGAACGUUUCGAAGAACCGAGAAGUUCGGCUCCAGACCUUACUGGAGCAGACUGUGGAUUGUGCAGGAACUCUUUGCCGCCAAAGACAAGAUCGAGAUACUCUGCGGCUCAGACAAGUAUGACUGGGCCGAAGUCACCAAGAUCUGUGGCUACGGGGUCCCCCACCAGAGACGCGAGAUUUGGGACAUGUUGGGAAGCAGCAUGUUCCGUGUGAUUGCUUCGCUUCAUAAGCUGGAUCUCAACCAGGCCCUCUCUGGUUUCACGGACUUUGAUUGUUCGGAUCCAAGAGAUCGGCUGUAUGGUCUUCUGGCCCUGAUCCGUUGGCCGGCGGGAUGUGAGCCUGUCAAGCCGGACUACAAGCGUUCGGCUUAUGAUUUGGCAUUGCAGCUUGUCGACCACGUGAAGGGCGAUACUAUCGAGCCGAUGCUCCGGGCCUUCAGGCUGUCAUUGGCAUCGCCCGAAGUGGAAACUUUAGUCACUAACCGGCAGCUUCACGCAGCAAGCCUCACCAAGGCCUGUGUUGAGAAACGGUACAGCAAGUUUGCCUUCAUAACCAGCGAUCAAAAGUACACAGGUCUGACUCCAAUUGGCUGCCUCGUCGAAGACGGCGAGGGCAAUCUUACAUCGGCAUUGUUGGAAUCGUUGCGCCAUAUCGAAGAGCGCCGCACACGAGAUGACUUCUACGAAACUUUUCGCCGAAAGAACUCUUCAGAAUCAGAAGACUUUCCCCGCGAACAAUCACCAAGAAAGCUCACUGUCCAAACUGAAACGAUCGGUCUACUCUGCGCCGAAGCCAUGGCAGGCGAUCUUCUGGUCAUCUGCUCCCGAAGGCCAUGGAGCGUUCUGCUCGUCCUGCGACACAAUGAUGACUCUCACUACGACCUUGUGGGCCAAGGCAUCUUCAUAAACGUCCGCGAGUCAAGCCUCGACUGGGAAGCCAUGUUGGACCGGGGAUGCGCAGCAUUGAGCGUCAGCCUUACCGCAGAGGACAAGAUUGCGCUCGUUGGACAAGAUGUGACGGAUGCUUUCGCCAAGUACGAGGUUGAGGCGUACUUCAAACGGCUGGUUGUGAGGUCGGCUGCUGAUACAAAAUGUGCGGCGCAGAUCCUCUGGGGCGGCGGAACAGCCUCCAGCUUUGGCGUCAGGCUCGACCAGUCCACGAUCACCUCUUCGAGGCCUGGCGCACAAACGUCUGCAAAAGACAGAUAUCGCCUCUUAUCAAACGAUAGAGUGCCUAGCUGA